AUGUUGGUGGUUGGGGGGGGGUGGUACUGGGGGGUUUUAGCAGCAUGUGAGUGGGUGGGGGGGGGAUGGUGUGGGUGGGGUGGGGUGGGGUGGGUUGUGGUGGUGGUUUGGUGGGGAGUGGGUUGUGUGGGGUUGGUAUGGGGGGUGGGGGGGGGGGGGGGGGGGGGGGUUGUUAGGUAUUUGGAAGAAAAGUUUGGAUGUGAAAUGAUGUUGGGGUGGGGGGGGGUGGUGGUGGGGGGGUGGUGGGGGGUGGUGGGUGGGGUUGGGUGUGGGGGGGGGGGGGGGUUGGGUUUGGGUUGGGGAGUAGAGAGAGUAUUUGUUGAUUGGGGGGGUUGGGGUGGUGGGGUUAUGUGGGGGGGGGGGGGGGGGGGGGGGGGGGGGGGGGGGGGGGGGGGGGUGUGGGAGUGGGGUGGGGGGGGGGGGGGGGGGUGUUUUGGUUGGUGGGAGAGAGGAAGUUUGUUGUGGGGUGGGGGGGGGUUGGGUUUUGGGAAGGGGGGUAUAUGUAGAGGUGUGGGUGAUGGGGUCUAUGGUGGGAUGGGGGGGGGUAUGCGGUUUUUUGGUGUGAUUGGUAUGUAG